GUCUCGUACGGGUGCAUGCGCAGUGUCACAAAUGCAAAAGAGGCACUUGUCCCCUAUGGUUUUGUCGUCUUCGCCAGACAACUCAGUUCUUCCCUCCUCGUUGCCUUCUCUUCCCUCCGCCCAUAAAAAUCCAAAGAUUCAUAAAUGCUAAAAGAAAUGCCAGAGAGAGAUUUAUAAGAGAGACAGAGAGGAAACCCUAGUAAUCAACCAGUUACCCAAGAAACCAGAAAUCUCACAGAAAACCUCUCUCCGUCGUCGAAUCAUGGUGAACCCUCUUUACGCAGUCCCUCCAUCUCGCGAAGGGUUUUACGCGAUAAACAACCAGUUUCUGGUGAAUGGACCAAAAGGGUUCACGGAGUUCAAGAUGCUUGAGAACGAGGACAUGUUCGUGAGGAUGGAUCUUCCCGGUGUUCCCAUAGACGCCGUGGAAGUCUCACUUUGUGAGUCGAAUAAAGGCGUCUUGAUCUUGGCCGAAGCACCAAAGGAGCACAAACACGACUCGUCUCACCGGAAAUACGUCACCAUAACCGGCCUUGUCUGCAAAUGCUGCGAAAUCUCCGGCUUCACUUCCCACAUGUGCGACGGCGUUCUCAGGCUUCUCCUCUGCAAGAAAAACGUCACUCCACAACACGCUUCCUCCCUCGCUUUUCUUGCUGGCCCAGGUUACCCACAAGAUCUUCGUAGCCCGGUUCCUAAUCCCAAGUCUCCCAAUAGCACGAAUCCCCACAAGUUUCCCCACGGCACUGAUCCCAAUGAUCCGGCGUUAACGGGUCGGAUAUUGGAGCCACACCCAUGUGUGUUACAAGGAUCGAUGAUGGCCUAUGAGUCGAAGCAGCUCCAAAACGGCAGCCUGUACGUGCGUGUGGACUUGCCUGGCGUUCCCAAGGACAGGUUCACGGUCUCCGUUACGAAUGGGAGAGUGAAAGUGACUGGUCAAGCCCCUGCCGUUAGCCACGACUCUGGUGGCCGUUUCUACUCUGGUGACGUGGCUAUGCUAUCCACUCCCAUCGAUAUUCCCAGCCGUCGGAUCAAAACCAUCGCCAAGAACGAUGGGUUUUACGCAGCCAAUAAUCCGUAUCAGGUGAACGGGCCAAAAGGUUUCACGGAGUUCAGGUUGAUGAAGAACGAUGAUCUGUUCGUGAGGCUUGACUUCCCUGGAGUGGCGGAAGAGAGUGUCACAAUCGGUCUCGAGCCGUCGAAGAAGGCCGUUUACGUGUUCGGAGUCGCACCCAAAGAACUCAGAUUCGAUUAUUCUCACCGGAAAUACGGAGCCGUCACGGGACUUGUCUGCGACUGCUGUGAAAUCAGUAACAUUCAGUGUUUUGUCGGAGAUGGAGUUGUCAGGCUUAUCCUCUCCAAGAAGAAGAUCCAUCUUCAUGUCCCUUCAUCAAGUCUCUCUGAAGGUGCCACAAUGCCUACUGAUGCUCCUUUUCUAGGUCGCGUUGACACUGACCCUCUCCAUCCGGCGUUUACGAGGCCGGCCACAGUACGACAACGACAAAACCCGUUAUUGUUGGAGGGACCCAAGACUGCGUACCAAUCAAAGAAGCUCCGUAACGGCGGUCUGUUUCUGCGUAUUGACAUGCCUGGCGUCCCCGUCGACAACUUCACGGUGGUGGUGGAUGGCGAUGGAGUCGUCACUGUCGUCGGUCGAGCUCCUCCGGCGGUGUAUGAUUCGAGCGGGCGUGAGUACAGAGGCAAAGUCGCCGUCGUCCCUCCAAACUAUGACGACCGUCGGAUCAAAGUAAUCGCUACACAUGGUGUCAUCCGCCUUACGAUCCCUCCUUUCUAAUUUUAUCACCAUCUUUCAUGUUUUUGGAAAUUACUACUAUGUUUAGGAAUACAAUAUUAAUGGACUGUUUUUUGAAUGUCUUUUCUUUUGGGUUUCGAAUAU